UAAAUUUCAUUUAUCUAAAGACCGGGCAGGUCAUUUCUAUUCGAUACCCUACGAAACUUUGACUUAACCCUUAUGCUCUCUCCUCCCAGCUUUCGUCUCUCUCCCUGGCAGACUUGCGGCCGCAGCAGGUAUCAUUGAGAACCCAUAUCGAUAACCUUCAUGGAUCUCUGUUUUGGCAGUCAUUUUCUCUUCGUCAUCCUCGAUUAACACUUAUCUGGUAAGGAUGAGUCACGCACUUCUCUGGAACUUUCAUUGUCAGAACUCUCUCUCUACCCCUUGGGCAUUCUCGUGUUCUACCUCUGUCAAUGAUUUCAACUAGGUUUAUCUUCUAAUCUUGCUUUAAUUUCAAUUUCGUACUUCUAGGGUUUAAAUCUGUGAACAUGUUAGUAGCAAGCCUGGCUCGAUUUAUUCAAUAAAUAUAUUACAGAUCUACUUUUUCAAACCGAAAUAUCGUAUCCCUUCCCUUAAUCAUUGUAUCUCUUGUAAUGUCAGAAUAUUUCCCCCAUAUUCUAGUUCUCUUAAUUUCAUACCAAGGAUCAAUCGAUGCUAAAGUUGGAGAUGGGUUUUGUGAAGAAUUGGUUCAAAUGGUCGCAGCUAAUUUUAGCUAUGGUGAUGGUGUAGAUGUUUGUAGCAGGGAUGAACUUGCUUUCGAAAGCGAUUCUGAGUGAGGGAAGCUUCAUUUUUGCACUCAUGGAGUAUCGGCAUGUGGUUGCGGCCAUUUGUGUUGCUUUGCGCUCUCUUUGGAAAGGAUCAAGGAACAGAAGCUAGGUUGGUUGGUUUGGUUCUGGCUAUUUGUCAAUGUCUUGAUUGGGAUAACAGUAGCAAUGGCAUUGUUUUACUAUGGCCUCCGAGACAUCACGGCUACAUAUAUACAAAUCUUUUUUUUUCUAUAUUGUUGAUUGUAACCUAUAUGAUAAUGGAUGGAGACUUGGUUUGUCCUGCAAAGAUGGGAAGAUCUGUAGAGUUGCAAUGUUUGAAGGUUGGAGUAACCAGUAUGAGCCGUUUGAAAGCUGCAAUGUUUUCUCCAGGUGCUUUGAAGUUUAAGAUGGAGGUUUAUGGGAUAAAGAAAAACACCCUUAAUGAGCAGGAGCUUGAGUUCACGUGUUAGAAGUUGCAAUCUCCAGAAUAUCUUGUACAACUCAUUUUUUAAUUUGGUAAAAUUAUAGUUCGAUCAUUGUUAGUAGUUGUUUAUUGGAUCAUUACUUAUAACUUAUUAACUUUGUGCUCAUUGUAGUGUAUUUUAGUUAUAAUACUAGAAUUGGUACCCGCGCGUUGCUGCGGGUUUGGAAUAGAA